AUGACAGCUCCUAAAGCUUUGGGAGGUUUGGGUCUUAGGGAUAUACAACUCUUUAAUCAGGCUCUCUUGGCUAAGCUAGCGUGGCGAAUCAUCACAGUACCGGAUUGUCUACUAGCUAGAAUACUUAAAGGAAAAUACUGCCAACGGACGAGCUUCCUAGACGCAAAUCUACCGAGUACUUGUUCACAUGGUUGGAGGAGUAUUCUCUUUGGGAGGGACCUUCUAAAGGAGAACUUAGGCAAGGCCAUAGGGAAUGGGCAGACAACUAGAGUAUGGAAAGACUCAUGGAUUUCUCUAGAAGAAGAUGUCAGACCUCUAGGACCCCAAAGAGAAGAAGACAUGGACCUCAUGGUCUCGGACCUACUAACUACAGAUAUGAAAUGGAACGGAGCUAGGCUAAAGGAAAUCUUACCUAUGAUGUGUGAGAAGAUCCUCUGUAUUCAGCCAAGUAGAAGUGGAGUGGAAGAUAGGUUCAUUUGGCAACCGCUCCCUUCGGGAGUCUAUUCAAAAAGGUCCGGCUACUUCUCAGCUGCUAAGAAAGCCCAAAUUCCAUCAGUGAGCACAUGUGAUGAUUUCAAGUGGAUAAAUGAUGUGUGGAGAAGCUCGUGCUCACCAAAACUGCGACUCUUUCUCUGGUCGAUUAUCAACAAUGCACUUCCCAUUGGGGAAAACCUACAGAACCGAGGAAUGAUAUCAGCAACUAAAUUUCACAUAGCUGCAGGAAUGGACUUCACAGAAGCUCUUACAAGAUUUAGGAGAACAAUCUGUCUACCCCCGACAGUAGUUGUGGGAGCAAUCGUGCCGUGGAUAGUGUGGUCGCUCUGGCUCUCCAGAAACACUCUGAUAUUUGAAGAUAAGAAGAUAACCCCCGAGGAAACGACAACAAAAGGACUUCGAUUAGCCCUAGAGUGGAACCAAGCUCAAAGGAAAGAGAUUACAAAUAGUUCCUUACCUGAAGAAUCACGAGAUCGAGUCCACACAACCUCAGACAACUCUCCAAUGAACGGAUCGACCACAUGUAAGACAGACGCAGCUUGGGACAAGAACCGUAAAAGGGCAGGUUUAGCUUGGAACUUCUCAGGCCCGACAAUACCUAGUCCAGUAGAAGGCUCGCUGGUGCAGGACUUUAUCGCCUCUCCUCUGGUCGUAGAAGCUUUGGCCCUGCUGACAGCUCUCGGAUCGGCAAAGGAUCUCGGCAUCACAAAACUUGAAGUCUUUUCAGACUGUGCAACACUCAUCGGAGCAACUAAUGGCAGGAUCCAGAGCAAAGAGUUGAUCGGAAUCGUGAGUGAUAUACGAUCAAUCUCGUCUGGAUUCACCUCUCUAUCUUUCUCCUACUUUCCUAGAUCAAAGAACUCUCUUUCAGAUUGUCUUGCAAAAACUGUGCUUCGUGCUUCUGUAUCAAACCCUUUAGUGGGCUAA